CAGCCGAAGAGCUUCAUCCGAGAGCGCGCCGGAGACUCAUGCACGCUAAUAACAGUUGAGGAGGUAUGCAUCAGUGUUUUUACAUGCAUCUGAACAUAUUCCCGCUCGAAUGAGGCGAGUCUGAAGGGAAUAAGCGCCUGUAGGUUUGAUGACGAUGAGGAUGACGAAGAGUGUGAGACACCUGUGAUCAGAUUCAGCAUCAGUCACUGAAAUGUUCAGUUCCAGCAGCACUAUGACAGAUGGAGAUUAUGACUAUCUGAUCAAACUCCUGGCUUUGGGGGAUUCUGGAGUAGGCAAGACCACUUUCCUUUACCGCUACACCGACAACAAGUUCAACCCCAAAUUUAUCACCACCGUGGGCAUCGAUUUCAGGGAAAAGAGAGUGGUAUACGCCACAAACAGCCCUAAUGGAACAACAGGAAAGACCUUUAAAGUUCAUCUGCAGCUUUGGGACACAGCAGGACAGGAGAGGUUCAGGAGUUUAACGACAGCGUUCUUCAGGGAUGCGAUGGGAUUCCUGCUCAUGUUUGACCUCACAAGUCAACAGAGUUUCCUCAAUGUCAGGAACUGGAUGAGUCAGCUUCAGGCUAACGCAUAUUGUGAGAAUCCAGAUAUUGUUCUUGUUGGAAAUAAAGCCGAUCUUGCCGACCAGAGAGAAGUACAGGAGAAACAAGCAAAAGAACUUGCAGAUAAAUAUGGUAUUCCAUACUUUGAGACGAGUGCGGCCACCGGAGCGGAGGUGGACAAGGCCGUCGUCACACUCCUGGACCUGGUGAUGAAGAGGAUGGAGCAGUGUGUAGAUAAACCCACGGCCGACGCACAGAACACAGACGGCGCCAGUAAACUGGACGCUGUGCCCGCCAACGAGAAGAAAUGUGCAUGUUAAAAAAACCAGGAAGUGCCCCUUUGUCUCCCCCUAGUGGACAGGUGCGAAAGUGCAGCCGUGUGGCAGAUCUCAACGUGACACCGCUGGUCUCGUUCAGGUUUGGGUCUUGCACGUCUGUCCCGAAUGUGUGGACUUUUAUAUUUUGUGUUGGAGAGUUUUUACGAUCUGCCAUACUGCCUUGCGCUUAACAAAAACAUCUUUCACAAUCCCUUUAGAAAUGUAUCCAAGAAAGUAGCUUUUGGCAAAUGCGUCUAAAAUAUCUUAAGAUAUAGAUCUUAGGUUAUAAACACUCUACACAAGUACACAAGCGCAGACAUGAAUUAUUGGCUGAAGCAUAUAGAUGCUAUAGAGUUACCGUCAAAUGUCUGUGCCAUUAAACUAGAUGUGUUAUUAUUCAGUUAGCUAGAUAAAAACCAACAGUUUAACUACGUUUAUUUAAUUUGCUCCACAAGAUUCUCUCCAAACUGUUGCUCUGCCAUGACAGUAGUUUAAAUAGAAAACUCUAGAAGCAGACCGCCUACACUAAUGCCCGCUAUAGUGCCCCUUGUGGCAAUACUUAGAAUGCAACGCAAAAUGCGUCAGAGCACAAUGACGAUAAAAUGUGUUCAUGAACUUGUGUAGAGUUUGUUUCAGGCCUUAUAAGUUAUCCAAAUGAACUUAAAUAGAAUCUUUCGUUAAUUUGUAUGUUUUAAGAGUGUUUUUAAUUUGUUAAUUUGAUGUUUCUGUUGGCACAUUUAUUUUGUUAUUUUCUCUACUCAUGCUAAAAAUGUUCUGCACACCUUCUAAAUUAAUGUACACACAAACAGAAGUAUUUUAAGUGAUGUUUUUAUGUACAGUAUUCUAUUGCUCUUGAGGUUUUUACACCUUUGGGGGUCGUUCACACUGAAUGCGUAUUAGCGUCUCGUGCAGGAGCGCCAAGCUGUGACAAGUUAAAAGAACUUGAGACACCUGCAUUUUGUUCCAUUUGUUGCACUGUGUCUAGUUUUUUGUUAGCGCAAGAAUGUGUUUGGUCUGAAUGGCCCCUUAAAAUGGUGUAGAAAAAUUUAAACCGAUUUGCCGACAGCUACUUGUGUGCCAAAACACUAUACCACUGUCUGCCAGAGUGUGUCUUUGGUGAAUGAAAAAUGUGUGCAUGUCUGCAGUGUUGUUUAAUAUGCACCAGAAAUACUGAAGAUGUUUCAUAUAUAUCCACUGUAACAUUUAUACAGUUACAGUGACAAGUAAAAGUAUGUGAACCCUUUGGAAUUAGCUGGUUUUCUGCAUUAAUUGGUCUUAAAAUGUGAGUUAGUAUAGACAAACACAGUGUGCUUAAGCUAACAACACACAAACAGUUAUAAUCUUUCAUGUCAUUAUUGAACACAUCCCACUAAACAUUCACAGUGCUGUGGAAAAAGUAAGUGAACCCUUGCAUUUUAUAAUUGGUCGAUGCUGCCAAAGGAGGAAUUAUCUCAACCAAGCAUUUCCGGUAGCUGCGGAUUAGACCUGCACAAUGAUCAGAAGGAAUUAUGGACCAUUCUUCCUUACAGAACUGCUUCAGCUCUUCACCUCGGUGUCAAGGUGGUCUUUGGCAAACUUCAGGCAUGCAGCAGUGUUUUUGUUGGAAAGCAGUAGCUUCCUUCAUGAUGUCCUGCCAUGGACACCAUACCUGUUUAAUGUUUUCCAUGUAGUAGACUCAUGAACAGAGAUGUUAACCAGUUCCAAUGAUUCCUUCGAGUCUUUAUCUGUCACUCUAGGGUUUUUUAUUACCUCAUUGGUCAUUCUGCGGUGUGCCCUUUGAGUCAUCUUGACUGUACGCCCACUUCUAGUGAGAGUACCCAUAGUACUAAAUCAUCUCCAUUUAUUGACAGUUUGUCUAACUGUGGACAGAUGAAUAUCUAAGCUCUUCAAGAUAACUUUGUAACCCUUUCCUGCUUUAUGCAAAGCAACAAUUCUUGAUCGUAAAUCUCUUUUUUGCAAGGUAUGGUCCACGUAAGAUGCUUCUUGUGAAUAGCACACUCAAACUGUUUGAGUGCUUUUUAGAAGACAGAGUCGCUCUAACCCACACCUCCAAUCUCGUUUCAUUAAUUGGAUGCCAGGUUUGCCAACUCCUGAAUCUAAUUAGCUUUUGUUGAUGCCAUUAGCCAAGGGGUUCACAUACUUUUUUCCAACCUACACUAUGAAUGUUUGAAGGAUGUAUUCAGUAUGUACAAGAACAAUACAAUAAUUUGUGUGUUAUUAGUAAAAACAGAUUGUGUUUGUUCAUUAUUGUAACUUAGAUGAUCAACCCAGAGUUUAAGAUGAAUUUAUACAUAAAUGCAGGUCACUUAAAAUGGUCCACAUACUUUGUCUUGCCACUGUAUGUUCACAUUUUUUUAAUUUCAGGAACUCCUCUGUAUUUCUGCUGUUGUGUUCAGUAAAACAUCUGUGAAUGCCUGCGUGUUAAAUGCGUGUUGGUGCAUGUGGCCAACGUAAAGAUUACAGAGAAUCUGUCAUACUUCGAGGGCACACUUCUCUAAAACCUGCACCCAAAAUAGGGUAUUAUUGAUGUUUUUAAAUAUGAAAUUAAUUAAGUUUGUGUAGAUGAAUGCUUCAUUAGAGUAUGGCCCUGUAUAGAUACUUGCGAGAGAAACUUAAAAAUACAAAGUGAAACAGUAGAGGCGCUAAACCGUGCAACAAACAAUUGAAUAUUCAUGAUGGUGUUUACACUAAUCAGCCACAACAUUAAAACCACCUGCCUAAUAUUGUGUAGGCCCCCCUUGUGCCGCCAAUACAGCGCCAACCCACAUCUCAGAAUAGCAUUCAGAGAUUAUAUUCUUCUCAGCACAAUUGUACAGAGCGGUUAUCUGAGUUACCAUAGACUUUGUCAAACCAGUCUGGCCAUUCUCUGUUGACCUCUCUCAUCAACAAGGCGUUUCCAUCCACAGAACUGCCGCUCAUUUUUGGCACCAUUCUGAGUAAAUUCUAGAGACUGUUGUGUGUGAAAAUCCCAGAAAUACUCAAACCAGUCCAUCUGGCACCAACAAUCAUCCAUGUGAUUAUCUAAUCAGCCAAUCGUGUGGCAGCAGUGCAUAAAAUCAUUCAGAUACGGGUCUGGAGCUUCAGUUAAUGUUCACAUCAACCAUCAGAAUGGGGAAAAAAUGUGAUCUCAGUGAUUUGGAGCGUGGCAUGAUUGUUGGUGCCAGACGGGCUGGUUUGAGUUUUCUUGACCACGAGUGGCUCGAGCAGACUGCUAAUGAAUACUGGACAUUUUAAAGAAAUAAAGUGGCAAAUGAUGCAUCUGUGUACUGUACAAAAAGAAAUACUGUAAUAAAAUGAUUCUUUUUUGUAAUAAAAUUAAAGGUAGUACAACAAAUACAACUAUAACACUUUAACUAUUCUGUAAAAAAAACUAUUUAAAUGAGAUAUAAUAAGGGAUGCACCGAUAUGAACAUUUUUGACCGAUACCGAUAUUAACAAAAACUAUAAGCCGAUAUCGAUAUCUUGCAACUCGUCUUAUUUUGACAUCAUAUCGCUAUUUUACUUAUGUUUAUGAAUUAUGCUUUACAAAUUUACAAAGAGAUACGAAAGAUUUUUCACUGUUCUAGCAAUACAUUAUUUCCAUUGAACAUGGAUUGGAUCUGUUGAACACAUGACAGGACAACAUUUUUUUUAAAAUAUGAUAACAUGAUGAUUUAUAUGAAAAACUGUUAUUUAUUUUACUUCUAAAACAUCUUUUGCACAAAUUCACAUUACGUAUAUCUUGGGCAAUUCCACGGAAAUGUCAACCACAUCAUGAAAAAAUCUAAAGUUUUUACCAAAGGACCCCCUUCUGUAUUAUAGUGGUAUAAUAGAUAAUGGAUAAUGCAGUCCAGACCGCUAGAGGGCGCCGCUUGCUCACACAGCGCUGACUGAAGAAACACAGUCUCGCACAAAGCCAUAUUGUGAUUUCAAUCUUAAUUCAAUCAAUCAUGCAGCAUUAAUGGAUAUCAUGCCGAUCUCUCAGAAGUCAAAGUCUGCUGGUUUCAAAGCAUUUUGGAUCGUUCCUCUCAUCGUGUAGCCUAAAAGUAAGUGCCGCUUUCACAGCUGUCACGUCCGUGUUCUCCGCAUUAAUGUGAGAACGAGACAGAAUAAAAAUGAAAUAUUACUUGUUUUUUGAGUGCCAAACCUUCUACAUAUUGUGGCUAUUAUUAUAUCUGGAUUGUGCAUUUAAAUUCACAGAAUUUUUAUACACUGUGUUACUAAUUAAAUAUAAAUCAGACAUAGUUUUUUCAUUUCGCGCAUUCAUGCUUAUAACCGAUAUGCCGAUGGUUUUAAUUUGGUCAAUAAUUGGCCGAUAAAUAUCGGCAGCCGAUACAUCGGUGCAUCCCUAGUUAUAACUGUUUGUUUGUUUUUCAUGUUACAGUAAAGAUGCAUUUUAUUUUCCUAAAUUAAUUUUCUCUUGAUUGGGAAAUGUUCUUGACAGGUUUUAUGUAUGGUUAAUAUGAUUUACUGAGGUCUGUACUAGAACCACAUGCUCAAACUCAAAAUUAUUAAUAACGUUUUUUUUUGUUUUUUUUGUCUGACGGUGCCAAAACAGACGUAUUGUGCCAUAUCACUCUCGUUUUCCUCUUAUUAAUGUGAAAAAGUGUCCACACUGAAAGAUCCUGACAGUAUCUGUACUGAAAUCUCUCCACAGGGCUUUAACUGAAUGAGCGCUUGAUGAAUGUUUAUUUCCAUACUUUGAUGUUACUUGUAUUUCAGGCAUGCUGUAGAAUGAGUGAUCAGACAGGCCUUUAAAUGUGACAAUCUCUGGACCGACCAUUCACAUUUGCAUUUGUAUUCAUGAAACAGUUUCUAAAGAGCUUCUGCUGCUUGGCCUUCAACAGAACCGGCUCUCUUUAGCUUCUUGUGUAUGUUUUACUGAUUUAGUACCUCAUGUGGUUAAAGGAAUGGCUUUAUGAAAAAAAGUGAGUUUACAUUGUCUGAAGGUUUCUCUCUUUCUUCUUGUGCCAGUAAACAUCUACUGACCAAUGACACUCACCCAACCCUUUAUUAUAAGAGUUCUGAACUUGUAGGUAUUUUACUGCAUUCAAAGUAUAUUUGGCAAAUUAACACAAAUAACUAUGAAUUGAAAAUGUAAAGCAGGUAAAAAUGACUCCUUAGUUGUCUUUGAGAGCCUUUGUUUUUGAGUUAUGUGUGUACUAUGUUACUAAACAAUAAAGAGAAAGAAAACGG